AUGGAGGGCGCGGGCGUGCGGGUGACGCGCACCGUGGGGACGCCCGCGCUGCGCAACCUGGACCCGUUCCUCAUGCUGGACGAGCUCAGGUGCCCUGCCGAGGAGGCCGCGGCGGGCUUCCCGGACCACCCUCACCGCGGCUUCGAGACCUGCACGAUCAUGUUCACGGGCUCCAUGCGCCACAAGGACUCGUGCGGCAACGAGGGCCUCCUCAAGAGCGGCGGCGUCCAGCUGAUGACCGCUGGGCGCGGGAUCAUCCACAGCGAAAUGCCCGAGAUGGAGCCCGGCGAGCCGCUCUGGGGGUUCCAGCUGUGGCAGAACCUCCCCGCGAAGGACAAGAUGUGCAAGCCGCAGUACCAGGACAUCCAAGCCGACAAGAUCCCCGUCGCGACGGCCGACGGCGUCACCGUGCGCGUCCUCGCCGGAGAGGCCCUGGGCACCAAGGGGGUCAUCACGCUGCGCAACCCCGGCAUGAUGCUCGACGUGCAGCUGCAGGAGGGCGCGACCUUCCAGCAGCACGUGCCGUCGGAGUACAACGCGUUCGCGUACGUGUGCGACGGCGCGGGCAAGCUGAGCGGCCAGAAGGUCGCGAAGGAGCACGCUGUGGUGUUUGCGCGGGAGGGCGACCUUGUGGAGGCGAGCGCGGGUGCGGAGGGCAUGCGCUUUCUGCUGUUCGCCGGGAAGCCGAUCGGGGAGAAGAUCGUGCAGUACGGCCCGUUCGUGAUGAACACGGAGGCCGAGAUCGAGCAGGCGUUCCUGGACUAUCAAAUGGGGCGGCUGCAGAACCCGCAGGACAACCCCUGGACCGCGGCGUGA